GAAAGAUCAGGCGGUGGGAUGGAAGACGUUCAGCGCCAGAGGGGAUGGAAGACGUUGUUGCUGCCUGCCUUGUGGAUAAAGAGUCGCAAGGUGAAUGCUCAAAGCUCGCUCCAGAAGUGGACGGUGAAAACAAGGGGCCAUCAAACAUUGAAAGGUCUUCACUUGGCCCUGGAAACUGUGACAAAGUCCUGCCGUCAGAAGAAGCACUUAAGGAAAAAGCUACUGUUGCUGGAGGGGCUUUUGAAAGCCCUAAAAUAAGUGGCAUCAGUGGUGAUGACAGUAAGGGAAGCAGAGCUGUCCCAAGUGAAACCCGCUUCAUGAACUUGCUGCACCUUGAUCAAGCUUUAGAUGAAAAUAAUAGAGAACUCCAGAGCGCUCCAGAAAUCCCACAUCUUGAGGCCUUGGGGAAAAAAGAGAAGUCAUGCAAUGUAGAAAAUUUGGAAGUCCAAGGUCCUGAAGAAGCAGUGACGUUGCAGGAAACAAGGUUGCCCAGUUCGGGAGCUGUCAGAACAAGCGUGUCUUAACUGGGAAGGAGCCACAGUGAAAGCAUUGCUAAGUCCAGUAGAUUUUUCAGGGCCUGUUUCCAUUUUCCAGGAGCAGGGAACAUCCAGGUCACCCAACGGUCCUGAUCCAGAAGAGGAGGCAGAAGAGCUUUUCAGCAUUCACACCACAGCUGGCUACGACCCGGUUGCAGGCGAGAGAGUGGGAGAAACUCCUGUUUCAAAUGAGGAUGGGAAUGAUGAACACUCAGCAGUUUCUUUGAACGUGGUCAGACAGAGCAAGGUGCCAUUGGAGAGAAGGCGAGAUGUCCAGAGAGGGUUUAACUUGCAGCAGAAACUCUGAUGUCAGAGAAAUAAAAGGAAAAGAUACAGAUUUUAAGGAAGAGAUUAUUACAGCUUAUGGGCCUUUGGGAAGUCCUACGAGAAUGUGUGGCAGGAACAAGAUAAGCCUUAUGAAGCCAAGUUACGUAGUCUUGAAUGAUCUCAGGGACGAGUUAAAAGAAAAAUAUGGAUACUCUUUAAUGAGCUCAAGUCGCGGGAGACUGUCAUUGAACACCCAAAAGGAGAGAGAGACUGCUUUCUCUGACGCGUUACAAAUCACUUUGCGUAGUGAUUUAGAAGAAAGCAAUACUAAGAAACAAAAUGAAGUCCCCAACGUUAACACAGGGGUGCAAAAUAAGAAUUUAAACAAUGCAAAGAUCACGGAGAUCAGUAGGUCAGAGAAAGGAGUCACUUCCACAGGAUCGAAUGGUAUUGAUAUGGAGGUUCACUGUGCUAUUGAAGAAACCCAAGAAGAAAGAUCACUAGUGGAAAUGGACUCUCCAGAUUUUUCAGGUAUAUGUGAGCAGGGCAUUUUCGCUAGGCUGUCUCUUCUGGAAGACGGGCAGAAGAGUUCCUCAGUGGAUGUGUUACGUAUACCGGAGGUGUGCGGAGUACAGCUGGAUCCUUCCCCUCUCGCCAGCAUGACGCCUGAGCAAGAGCAGGAAAAAAAUGGAAAGGUAGUUCCCAUUGAAAUGCUUAUGAAACACUCGAACAAAACAGAUGGGGAAUUAGGGAAAGAUAACAUAUCUGAUAGCUCUCUAACAGUGGGGUCUAAUAGAAAGGGAUGUGAUUCCAGAUGUUCAGGAGGAAACCAGACCAGUCAUAUUAGCCAGUCCAGCAGAAUUGUUCUGGCACCUGAGAAUGCUGUUACGGCUGAGGAUUUUAGAAGAAAGCCAGCAGAAGGGACUUCUGCAGAUCUAUCAGUCAACAAGUCUCAGCACGUGCUUGGUGACAAAAAGCUGCGCAAAGCAUGUUGCCUCCUCCCUCCUCAUAGUGAUGAAGACAGAAACAUCACAGACUGGGAACCCAUUUGCAUUUCAUCAUCCCGCGUGGCAAAGUACGAAACUCCUGUGAAGCGCAAGCUUUCUCACAUGACGGAGAACCAUCUUGCCCCAGUGGAAAGCCCAGCGCAGAGUUCCUCGGAGGAAGCUGAAGAAGUCUUCCACAAACAGCCAAAUGCAGAAGAGCAGAAAUCCUGCAACCAAAGAAGCUUCAAACCCAGCCGGGAAAGCGAUGACUGUUCUUGGUUUCUGAGCGAGAUUGCAGAAGAGUUGGAGGCUGCGUGUGUCAAUGCUGAGCACAAGUCAGUGCAACAGGACUCUAGAAAGGAGUGUUUCGGUCCUGCUGAGGUUGCUCUGCUAUUGCAAAGCACGGAGGUGUCCGUGUCUUGGAGAAACAAGGCCAAGCCUUGUUCUCCCUCUGGCAUGCAAAGGAACAAGUACCGUGAGAGAAAAAGCAGGGCAGCUCUUUCUUCCCUGAAACAGGACAAAGAUGAAGAAAUUAGCAGUGUAGGAAAGAAAGUGGAUCCUGAACCUGCCCCAGAAGCGAGGCGUGAAGGGGAAGAAGAGGACACUUUCGUUCAUCAGCCGAAGGGCGUGCAAAUUGUGUGUUACAACAUGUGUGGGUCAGUAGUCAGACUCCUGGGAGCCCCCAGCAAGGCCCAUAAGACAAGUGGACUGAAGAGGCUGCUGGAGCUGGAGGAUUCAUUGGCUGGCGAAGCAUGUGUUUGCUGCUGGUCCACUCCGGUAUUUCCCUGACACCAUAAGAAAGUAACACAACACGUGGCUGAGUAGCCACAAGAGAGGAGUUGGCAGGAGAUGGAUGCUUUCUCUCUCUGGCAGUGGCUUGAAUUCAUGUUGUUAGUGCUCGGAAACCUUUCCACCCCCAGCCCUGCCUGGGGUGCGAUUUGACAAGUGUGACAGAAGAGCACCAUUGUCUAAUUCCUAAGAGAUGGGCAUUCCUGGGUGAAAAAUCACCACCAUAGUUGGUGGCCUUGCUGUCAGAGAAGGAGUUGGGAGUCAAUUUGUGCUCUCCGGUCUGUGUUGGGUAAAGCCCUUCCAGAGAGGAAUAGCAGGAGCAGGUCAGCCUCUCUUUGUCAUGUAGCCCAGGUACCAGUAGCAAGAGCAGAUGGUGACCUGUUUUUGGUUUUUUUUUUCUCAGUGAAAGCAGGAUGUUAGGAAACCGCUGUUGAAGCGAGGCUGAAGGAGACAGAUUCUCAGCAGAGGCUCCUAGCUGAACAGGACUUCCUCGUACCUGAUCAGGCUGUGAGAUCUCCGGGAGAUCUUCCUCUGCAUGCGUGGGGUAGAGUGGAAUGGGCCCAGAAUCAUCCCUUUUCAUCUGUUUGGUGGUUAUAUUUUAGGGACUACUAAAAUGCCAUUUUUCCUGUCUCAGUGGUACAGGAAUAACAUGAUCCAUCUCCUCCAGUGUCCUGGGUCGGACAGUGGCCUCUUUGGAGGCUCUUCAGACAUUUCAGAGGCAGGCAUAAGAAGCCUGCUCUAGAAAGAAGUGUGAUAGUUUGUCCCCC